UUGUUUGUAAAUUCCAGCUCCCCCAGACACUUGAUGAAAGAGCACUGGGAAGACAGGAUCUCUUAACUCCCAAGACAAGGAGCUAAAUUAUGGAUUUAAGCAUCACCAAGGAUUCUCUUCCUAAAACAAUUACAUCAUUUGGCCUUGAUCUUUAUAAGAAGCUGAAUAAAAGUGAUGUGUGCAAAAACAUCUUCUUUUCUCCAAUGAGCAUUUCAACUGCACUGGGCAUGGUGCUAGUAGGUGCCUGGGGAAAUACUAAGACUCAGAUGGGAAAGGUGCUUCACUUUGAUAGAAGUCUAGAAGAUACACGAUCAUAUGCUUUUCAAAGAAGAAUGGCAGAUGUUUCAGAACCUGAAAAGGAGAAUGUGGAUGGGAAAAUCAACCUAGAAGUCAAGAAACUCUUGUCUCAGUUGAAUCAUCUCAGUCCUGGCUACCAGAUGAACAUAGCAAACAAUUUGUUCAUACAAAGAGGAUAUGAUUUUUUCCAACAAUAUCUUGUAUGCAUUAAGGAUGUCUAUGGAGCUACACUGGAAAGUGUUGAUUUUUAUAAUGCUACUGAAGAAGCAAGGCAGACAAUUAACCUUGAAGUUGACAAACAGACACAAGGAAACAUCAAAGAACUUUUUCCUCCGGGUGUGAUUGGACCGGACACUGUUCUGGUGUUGGCGAAUGCCAUCUACUUUAAGGCAACUUGGGAACACCAAUUUGAUCCGAGUCGUACAACAGAAAAAGACUUUAGGCUGAACGAGAAUGAAAGUAAGCCUGUGCAGAUGAUGCAUCAGAGAGGUCGAUUUCAGUUGGGACAUGUAGGAUCAAUAAAUGCACAGAUCCUUUGUCUUCCAUAUGUUGGUGAACUGUUGUCCAUGAUCAUUUUGCUGCCGAAAGACAUCAGUGACCUAGAGCAGGUUGAAAACACAAUGACUUGUGAGACGCUGGCAGACUGGACUUCACAGCAAAAUAUGAUGGAGCAUCAUGUGGAUGUAUAUAUACCCCGUUUCAAACUCGAAGACACCUUUGACCUCAACAUUACUUUGCAAGCACUGGGGAUGACCGAUGUGUUUGAUGAAAGCAAGGCUGACCUAUCAGGCAUGUCCCCCUCGCAGCAACUGUUCUUGUCCAAAGUUAUUCACAAAGCCUAUGUGGAUGUUAAUGAAGUGGGGACUGAAGCAGCAGCGGCAACAGGUGCUUCUGUGUCUACGAGAUCCUUAAUAUCCUAUGAACUCUUUUUAGCUGAUCACCCAUUCCUCUUCUGUAUCCGACAUAAUCCAACAAACACUAUACUUUUCCUCGGCAAAUUUUGCUCUCCUUAAAUCUCAAGUGAGUUUCCUUCUUUAAGCCUAUUAAAUAUUAAACUGGUGUUGCACUAA